AUGGCUUAUAUGUCAACUCUGCGCAACUCCGCAAUUCGCGCCAUGCGUAGAACCACGGUUCAACUCCCUAUAUCGCCCAUCUCGAUUCGCGCUUUCGCCUCGACUCGUGCUCUUAGCGAUGAGAAGUCCAUCAACGUCGUCUCUUACUCCAAGUCUGGCCAGCGCGAGCAGGAGACUCUCUCAGUCCCCGCUGCCAACGAGCCUGUCAGCCCUCCUGGCCAGGACAUUGAGGUUGCAGCUCAGCCCCUCAAGCCUGAGCUCCUCCAGGCCCUUCCUCCCACCAUGCAAAAGUUCACAUUGCUCGGCAAGGUCGCCGUUAUUACCGNNGGUAUGACCUCUUCACUUCCUCCCUCACUUCACACUUUACUGACUAUCACUCACAGUGGCGGCCGCGGCUUGGGAUACAACAUGGCUCAGGCCCUCUCCGAAGUUGGUGUCAAGGGCAUUGCCAUCUUCGACGUCCAGCAGGAGCUCGGCGAAAAGUCUGCCCAGCAGCUCUCUGCUCAGACUGGUGUCGAUGUUCGCUUCUACAAGGUCGAUGUCCGUGACGAGGCCGCUAUUCAGCAGGCUGUUCAGGAUGUCGCUGCCCACUACGGCCAGAUUGAUAUUCUCAUCAACGCCGCUGGCAUUGCCGAUCUACAUCCUUCACACUCUUCUUCACUCAUACUGACACCUNCCAACGUCAAGGCCGAGACCUAUGAAUCUGAGAAGUUCCGUCGUCUGCUUGACAUCAACAUCACCGGCACUUUCCUCGUCGCUCAGGCUGUUGGUCAGCAGAUGAUCAAGCUCAACACCGGCGGCUCCAUGAUCAAUAUCGCUUCGAUGUCCGGUACCAUCGUCAACUACCCUCAGGAGCAGUCCUGCUACAACGCCUCCAAGGCUGCUGUCAUCCAGCUCACCAAGUCGCUCGCCGCUGAGUGGGCUCGCUACAACAUUCGCGUCAACUCCAUCUCUCCUGGCUACAUGGACACCGCUCUCAACCGUGUCCCUGCCCUUGACGCCCAGAAGCGUAUCUGGAUGGACAACACCCCUCAGAAGCGUCUUGGUGCUGUUGACGAUCUCAAUAACCUCGCCGUCUACCUCGCCUCCCNNCCCGGUUCCAGCUACAUGACCGGCAACAACUGUCUUAUUGACGGUGGCUACACCCUCUGGUAA